AUUCUAAAUAAACUUGCCACGUGGGACUUGGUAGUCACUUGGGUGUACCAUGGAGUAGCCUAAAACCCCCGACUGACUCCAAAACCUCUCCACAGGCAGACCCGCACCCAACAUUCGAUCGGUAAUUUCGUCGAGCACUUGGAGUGGGAUAUACUCUGCGGAUUAUUUUUGAAGCUAUGAAGGGGAAUAAAGCAACAGUUUUAUCAUUUGCUGAAAAGUGCAAGAAUAUAUUGGCUUCAAAUUGGCAAGGUCACCUCAACACCAUUAAAGCUGACGCUAAAGGAAGCAAGGAGGACAUAUAUACAUCAAAGGUCAAGUAUAUACUCAAGAGAGGAAAACCAUACAUUUGGGUGCCUGAGAAGGAUCUGCAUAAUGUGAACACAAUCAUUGAUGAACGUGGUUCAUUUUCUGUGAGCAAUCCCUUCGCUGGUGCACUGGCAGCCUUGUUUAGAUCGAUACAAAGGCUACCAGCUCGGGUUGCUCUGACUGGGGAUAUUGUACCUCAUAGAGAUGAAAAGUCUGCAGCAGAAUACCUUAAAGAAGUCAUACUUGCUGAACAAAAAGCAAUUAGUGGGUCAAGUUAUACAGUUACUGGUGUAUUAAGUUCUUCGGAUGUUUUUAGUACAUCUCGAAGCGAAAAUCUUAAGGAGCUAGUAGAAGGGGAUGAAACGUACAUGAUUUAUAAGUUCAAUCCAAGAUCAUGCAUAUUUAUUGAAGGCAACGGAGGCACCCAUGAGGUAGACUUGGAGGAUAUGGAUGCAUCUAAAGCAGAUCGAUUAGCACCUUUUUCUGCAAAGCUAAUUGAUGGGAUAAAUCAAAGUGAAGCAAGGCGCCGAGGGCUGAUGCUAUUUUGUUUAUCAUACUUGAAAGCAAAUGUAAAGGAUGCAUACAUGGUAUCCAUAGAUCGCAAGGGAUUUGAUGUGUUGGGAAAGGUUCCUGGUCCAGUAUUGAAGGAUGGUUUUGGUCAGUACCAGUGGAAAGAAUUUCGCUUCUCCUUGAAGGAAGAGGCACGAGAUGUUGAAAAGUUCUGCCGUCAACUUGUGGAGAUGGAAGAGGAGGCCGUUAAAAACGUUUCAAGCUUCAGUGGUCUAGGAUGAAACUUGUUGCACCACAAAAUAGCCAAAAGUGGUUUCUGCUCAUUUUUGCGUUGUGUAAUUUAUUCAACUGAUUUUAAUUAUUUCACAUCGAAGAUUUUGUGAUUGUGGAAUUUAAUUUAGAUAUCAAUUCGUAGUGAUAAUUAUAGGUUGUUAAAACUAUUGAGAUACAUGAUCUCAACCAACCGGUAAACGUUCUAGAUAAGUUAUACUCGUUAGAUUA